AUGUAUGAAUUGUGGGAGCAACUGUACGAUCCGGAUUUAGACCCUGAAAUGGUUGGUCCCGAAAUGAUAACCCAUGCUCCUGACAAGCUUCGUGACCAUGUCUACAUCAGGGUAUUUAUCUUUCCGGAUCCGUCCACAGGAAGCUACAUUGUGGUUCUCAUCCAUGGUCCAGGAUGUCAGCUUUCGUUUGCAAGGGUAGGAGAUUGUAAGUGGACCUUGCUGACGCUGGAUUGGGACUAUGAUCAAUGCAUCUACAUGGAUGGUCUAUUGUAUGCAUCCACAAGAGCCGGAAGAAUGGAUGCUUUUGACCUCACUGGUCCUACCGUCACGAGGAAUAUAAUUGCAGAUGAGAUUGCCAUUCACAGUUCUGAGUACAGGGGCGAAUUCUACCUUCUUCAGGCUCCAUGGGGUGAUCUGCUGCAAGUUUGCAGGAAGGCUGAACUCAUAGAUGCGGGCUAUGAGGAGCUCAUAGUUAAAACUAAUAAAAUCUUGUUACACAAAGUCGAUAUGGAAGCACAAGAGCUUGUGGAAAUAAAUAGCUUGCAUCAUAACGUGUUGUUUCUGGGGCGUAACCAGUCUAUAUGCCUUAGUGCUGAAGAAUAUCCGCAACUGAAGGCAAAUUGUGUCUAUUUCGCAGAUGAUGAGCAACACAAUUGGAAGUAUAAGACGAAUCCCCGGGACAUAGGUGUUCUCAACCUUGAAGAUGACAGUAGGGAGGAAAUUGUGUCCCCGCUUUGGUCCAGCUGGCCAAGUCCCAUAUGGAUAACACCCAGUCUUACAGUGAUGAACCUGUCAUUGUACAAAUAG